AUACAUAUUCUAUGCUCGUAAGGUCUUCCUUGUUGGGAGUAAAAUAUUUCCAGUUGUAGAGCAGAAGGCAGAAGCUGUCAUCCCGCCAAAACGCUUAUUUAUAUAUAGAAAAUAAUAAUUUAAAAUGUCCGAACAAACAACGUCAGAUGAGAAGACUUCCAAGUACGAUCCCAGUAUACUUCCGGACAUGCUGCCUGUCUACUACAAACGUUUGUUUCCACAUAAACCCUUUUAUCGUUGGUUGUCUUAUGGACUUUCUGAAGGCGGUAUCUUUGCUAACCGCGAGUUUUCAUACACUCUUCAUGAUGAUAUCUAUGUUCGAUAUCGUUGCUACGACACCCAAAAUGAGUUGGAAAACGACAUCUGCACGACAUGCCCGCAUAAGAUCGACAUUGGUGCUGUUAUGAAUACCAAACCAAAAAACUUUCGAAUUACAUCAACGGCAAUGCAGCCGGUACAGCGCGAGCUGGUUUUCGAUAUUGACAUGGAUGAUUACAAUGAAGUGCGCACCUGUUGUACCGGCUCAACAGUAUGUUUGAAAUGCUGGAAGUUCAUGGCUUUGGCCGCACGUCUUCUUGAUGCUGCGCUACGCGAAGACUUUGGUUUCGAACAUAUACUGUGGGUCUUUUCUGGUCGUCGUGGUGUGCAUGGCUGGGUAUGUGAUUAUGACGCACGCCAUUUGGAUUCCAGAGGUCGUUCGGCAGUUGCUGAAUAUUUGCAGAUUUCUACAAACGUGACAGUUAAUGGUGUGAUUGUAGCUCGCGUACAAAUCGGCGAACGAAUGCAUCAUAGUGUCCGACGCGCGCUCAAGUUUGUGGAGCCACUUUUCAACGAAAUUGUAUUAGAAGAUCAGAAUUUAUUUGGUGAUGCUAAAGGUGUUGCUAAAUUGUUGUCAAUGAUUCCGGAAGAGUCGGCGCGUAAGGAUGUGGAGGCUUAUUUGAAUAAAACAAAUGAAGAUGGUGCACACUCACGUGUAAUAUGGGCAUCGUUCGUGCGCUAUGCUAAUUCGAUGCGAACUGGUGCUGUUAGUGCCUGGACACGGAAACUAAAAAAUAUUGUUGAAGAGAUUCAGUUGGGUAUACUUUACCCGCGUUUGGAUAUUAAUGUUACAAAAGGCAUGAACCAUUUGCUGAAAUCCCCCUUUUGUAUUCAUCCAGGCACUGGGAAAGUUUGUGUGCCGUUCAAUUGUAAUGCGGCUGCGAAAUUCGACCCGACCACAGUACCAAACAUUUCACAAUUGUUGCAAGAGAUUAAUGCUUUUGACGAUAAAUCAAAAAGUCUAAAUAAUGGUCCCGAAGAUAAGAGCCGAAUUAAAGAUUAUAAAAAGACAGGCAUGUUUAAAGGUGUAGUGGUAUUUGAAGAGUUCUUGCGUAAAUUGGAAAGUAGUUUAAAAGCAAAAGCAAUAGAUGUAAGUGACCAAACAAUGGAGUUUUAAUCGUCAUUCCUAAUAAUUUGUUUAAAAUAAAAUAUAUCUCUAAAAAAAGUA